CAGAUCUGCUGUGUGUGUAUAUCUAUCUGGAGAGAUGGUUGGUGAUGAGCAUUGUAUGUAUUGUGAUCACAUUUUUACUCACUUUUAUCCACCACAACCACAACCCGGUCCUACAUCUCUCUCUCUCUCUUUAUCUAUUUAUAAAGGACCAGAGGCGAGGGCAUAAUAUUUUCUCAUUCACACUUUCCGUCCUUCCACCAGCAAACUUUCUCCUUUCUGUGGUAGUGAUUUGAUCGAGGAAAACACUUUAGCCAACCAACCACCCUCCUCGUCUGUCCGUUUCUAAUCACCUUAUUUUUUUCUUUUCCAAUCCCAUCAAUCAUUUUAUUUCACUUACACCACCAGCCAACAACCUUUCGCCCAGAUCAAUCUCCCAAUCCUCGCGACCAUCAUCCAUCCUUUGGGAGUUGUACAUUGAUACAUAAAAGUUUUUUUUUCUGAGGAGCAGUCCGUGCGUGUGUUGGGUUGGAAGGAUGAGAAGUUCCAAAGUAACUCAUUUUUCGCGUUUAUUAUUACAUUUUCAAAAAAUUCUUCUUCAGAAUUCUUAGAUUUUUUGAGUAUUUCGUAACGUUUGAAAGAUUGCGUUGCAAGGAAGGUCGUUGUGGGGCUCCUCACAAGCGAGGCGGAAUAAAAUGAGGAGAUUUUCAGUAAUAAACUGUCUUCUCAUAUUUUGGUUAUUUCUUCUCCUCUACAUCGGAGUGGCCAGCGAAACUAAUCUCUUUCACAAUAAUCACCACAAUAACAGUAACUUUAGUAAUCCAGAUGUCUACCAAAUUGGUGGAGUGUUAUCCAGUGAAGAAUCCCUUGCAAAUUUUACCAGCAUUAUUCAGCUUUUGAAUUUCGAUCAACAAUAUGUUCCACGGGGGAAAACCCUGGUUGCUACCUCUAUAAAAAUGGAAACGAAUCCUAUUCGUACCGCCAUACGGGUUUGUGAUGGUCUUAUUAAGCAACAAGUAUAUGCAGUUGUCGUGUCUCAUUCUCCUAAAGUAGACUUAUCCCCAGCCGCCGUCUCGUACACUUCGGGAUUUUACCACAUACCGGUCAUUGGAAUCUCAUCCAGGGACUCGGCUUUCUCAGAUAAGAAUAUCCACGUUUCGUUCCUACGAACCGUCCCUCCAUACUCGCACCAGGCGGACGUUUGGGUGGAGAUGUUGAAGCACUUUCACUACGAAAAAGUUAUCUUUCUCCAUUCUUCCGACACCGAUGGGCGAUCUAUCCUGGGACGCUUUCAGACAAAUGCUCAGAAUCUUGAAGACGACAUUGAAAUUAAAGUACACAAACCUAUUGGAAAUUUUCGUAAAAAUAGUGAACCUUAUAUGAAAAUAUUGAAUUAUCUACAGAUUGAGAUGGUGAUUGAGUUGGAGCCUGGAAGUCGCAGUGAUAAUUAUAAAGCAAAGCUCACAGAGCUUCGCAACGCCCAAGCCAGGGUCUACCUCCUCUAUGCAAGCAACGAAGAUGCUCAUGAAAUAUUUGAUGCAGCAUCGUCACUCUCUUUAACCGAUCCAGGACAUGUGUGGUUCCUAACAGAACAAUUACUCGAAUCUCCAUUUAUUCCUCAAGGUUCAAUUGGCCUCAAAUUGGUGAACGCUGGCAAUGAGACGGCUCACAUCAUGGAUAGUUUAAGAGUGUUAGCUGUAUCGCUUAAAGAGAUGGACAAAAAUGAAGCGAUUCAUGAAGCUCCAAGAGAAUGCAAUACGUCAGGGACCACCUGGGAAACUGGGAAGAUGCUCUUCGAAUACAUCAAGAAACAAGAAUUUCUCAACGGAGAGACGGGGAAAGUCGCGUUUGACGAGAGUGGAGACCGUAUGAAUGCAGAAUACCACGUAAUGAAUGUCCAUCCCGGAGGAAAGGUGGCGAGAGUUGGACAAUAUUUCUACUCUUCAGGAAAGAAACAAAUGGACCUCAAAAUAAACGAUAGUGCCAUUGUGUGGCCUGGAGGUGCACACUCCAAGCCUGUGGGAUUUAUGAUUCCAACACAUCUUCAGGUUCUGACAAUAGAAGAAACGCCAUUCGUCUUCGUGCGACGGGUUGAGUCCUACACCGAUUGUCGCAGUGACGAGGAGCCUUGUCCACAUUUCAAUACAACAGAAACCGAUUACCCUGUGAUGUACUGCUGCAGAGGCUACUGCAUCGAUCUUUUAAAGCAGUUGAAGUUAAAGAUGAACUUUACUGCGUCCCUUGCACUUUCACCAGACGGGCAGUUUGGCAGUUGCGUUCAAAAGAAUGAUACAGCAAAGAAAGAGUGGACCGGGCUCAUUGGCGAGCUGGUAACGGAAAGAGCGGAUAUGAUUGUUGCACCUCUUACAAUUAACCCAGAAAGAGCACAAGUAAUAGAAUUUAGCAAACCUUUCAAGUAUCAAGGAAUCACUAUUUUAGUAAAGAGAAAAGAGAAGAAGCCCACAUUCGGCUCUUUUCUCCAGCCUUUCCGAGGAUCCCUCUGGAUUCUGGUGAUGGUUUCAGUCCACGUCGUGGCUCUGGCCCUCUACCUCCUGGACCGAUUCUCUCCGUUUGGUCGGUAUCGUUUGGCGAAUAUGGAGGGCACUGAGGAGGAUGCUCUCAACCUUUCGUCAGCCAUUUGGUUCGCGUGGGGAGUCCUCUUGAACAGUGGGAUUGGCGAAGGAACUCCUCGCAGCUUUGCAGCGCGCGUCCUGGGGAUUGUAUGGGCAGGUUUUGCAAUGAUAAUUGUGGCGUCGUACACUGCCAACUUGGCUGCUUUCCUCGUGUUGGACCGACCGAAAACAAUUUUCUCGGGGAUUCAUGACAACAGGUUGAGGAACCCGGCAGAUAAUAUCAACUACUCGACUGUCAAGGGAUCUGCCGUUGACAUGUAUUUUCGGCGUCAAGUGGAACUGUCCAACAUGUAUCGUGUCAUGGAACGCCGCAACUACGACACGGCUCAAGAAGCAAUCGAUGCUGUGAAAGCUAGCACACUGGACGCUUUCAUCUGGGAUAGCUCAAGAUUACAAUAUGAAGCAGCUCAAAAUUGCGAUUUGAUGACUUCCGGUGAACUAUUCGGACGGUCCGGAUAUGCCAUCGGGCUUCAAAAGGGUUCACCCUGGGCUAAUGACGUCACUCUGGCCAUUCUGGAAUUAAGUGAAAGUGGAUUUAUGGAGGAACUGGACAAGAAAUGGAUCAUAAAUCCGGAAUUGAUUACAAGUGAGCGAUCCAAGAUAUGUCAGACGGAGGAGAAAAUCCCCACAACACUGGGCCUGGAAAAUAUGCAUGAUGCUUUCUACCUCAUUGCUGCCGGAAUCCUGGGAGGGUUGGUGCUCAUUCUCAUUGAAAUCUUCUACAAGAAACAUCAAUUGAAGAGGCAACGUCAGUUGGAAAUUGCCAGGCAUGCUGCAGAAAAAUGGCGAAAUACCUGCAGGCAACGGAAGCUAGAUCGAAGCCUUGAACGUCGCUUCAAAGAGAACGGACCACCACCGUUUUGGACGCCAGGACUGGAUGUGAGGCAAAGGUCACCCAUCGCAUCAAAGGCAAACACAAUUUUCGUUUAACAAGUUUCUCUUAACUCUUCCUUUACUGACGGGAUGUCCGUCCCCAGCAGCAUUUUCACUGAAGUACUACCUCUCUGAUGACGGGACAAGUUGUUUCAAACCGAGAAACAGUGAAAAAAUGGAACUUUUGUUCAUUGUGACGGUAACGGUAUUCAAAAUUUCAGUUUCAACCGGAAGAUGAAAAAGUGCAAGUCGAUGGUGCUCUGAGAAAGAAACAUAAUUUAUUACAAUUCUACUUUUAACGGUGCUGAAUACUAGCCAGGUUAAAUUGAAGUCGGAAGAGUCAGAACUGCCGAUGAGGGUAUAUGCAAAUAUAGAUAAGUAGAGAGAUAGUUGGACACGGUACGUACACUUUUACUACUAAAUAUUGUCAGGCAACAAUAAAUGUGUCAUGUUUUAAUGUAUUGUUGUUACAUAAAUGUAUGUAGGUAGACUUGUAGGUGUUGUUGUUGUUCUUGUUGUUGUUGUUGUUGAAUGAACUGAAAUAAUAAUGUUGUUCAUGACAAAUUUGUGGAAGAAGAACCAUAAUAAUGUAAUCCUCCGAUUGUUACAAAACUCGUAUAAUAAGUACAUUCAUAACUCAUCACACUACUCACUCGUUAGCGUCGUCGUUGUCGUCGUCAACAUACAAACUCCUCCCUGACAGUGCAGGGAUAUAAUAUGUAGUGCAUAAAAAAUAAAAAUUCUACACUUUUGACUCGAAAAACAUAAAAUAAUAACUCAAAAAUAUUAAUGUUGCAGGAUUACUAAAUAAUCUUGUAAAGUUUGCAAUUGCGUAGACGCACCAAAGCUUUGUAUUCCAGUUUUUGAUUAACAGAAAAGUUUAAUAAAUAAAUAUGCAAUCUGUACAGUCGCUGCUGGUGUAAGAUUAAUACUUACUUGUAAGCGACGGUUGAGAAGAGUAAU